UCCUUUUCCAAAAAAUUGUUUAGAAGGGGAUAUUAAAAAAAAAAAAUCAUGAAUCGCCAGGCCAAGAAGCACUCGCCGCAUCAAAAGUCAAAGCCAGAACUGAUGCGCAAGCCGGCUGUGGAGGUGAAGCAGAAGCUGACACUGGAAACGAAGGCGAGACCAGUCCAGGAGAUGAAACAGAAGAACGUUCAAGAACUCAAUCAGAAGGUGUUGCGAGAAUUGAAACAAAAGUCAAUUCUAGAAAUGAAGCAAAGGCCAACUCCAGAUGUGAUAGUAAAAGAAAUAAAGAUGGGACCACCACAGAGAUCCAGACAGAGGACCACAUUGGAAAUAAAGCAGACGUCAAUGCAGGAUCUAAAGCCUAAACAAGGUCCGGAGCGAAAGCCGAAGCAAAGGACAGCACAGCAGUCGAAACGAAAGGUAAUGCCAGAGCCUCAAUUGAAGGCGGAGAUCAAGAUAAAGCAGGAGGCGAAACAGAAUGUAGUGCCCAGGCAGGAGCAAGCACAUAAGGACCUAAAGCAGAAGAAACCAUUCCCAAAUCUACAGCAGAAGCCAGGAGACAGUCUAAUGGAGGAGUUAAAACAAAAGCAAGCAGCUAGGCUGGCACAGCAGUUGCAGCGCAGACAGAGCGAAAAAAUUGUGAAGCAGGAGGAGGAGGCAGUGAGGCAAGUAGUGGAAAGGCCAGUGAUGCAGCAGGAGAAACCAGUGAAGCAGAUGAGAGGGUCAAUGAAGCAGGAGGAGGUGUUAGUGAAGCCAAAGCCGAACCAAAAACCCAAAAUUUCUCUGCAAUCGAAACCGAGUCUAAAACAGCAAUUGGCAAGCCCACGGACUAAAAAGCGCACCUUCGUUUUCGGCUCGUUUCGGAAGCGUAAGGAAUUGAUUGCGAUGUUGCCACAUGUGGCACGUUUGCGGCACACCUUUCAGCUGUACGAUGGGGACGGUUGUGGGCGCAUCGAUAUAAACGAUGUGCCAGAAUGCUUGCGCGCCAUGGGUCUCGAUCCCACCGAGUCUAUGCUUAAUACCAGCCUUGAAGCGAUCGACGAUCGCAUCUCCAAAAAUGGACAGGAACGCGUUACCUUUGAGCUCGUCCUUAUCGUUUACUGCGCUCUGGCCAAUUUAAAUGAGCAACAGGAUCCCGAGGAAAUGUUGAAGGGCUUGCGCGCCUGCGAUGGUACUGGCCUGGGUGUACUGCCCUAUGCGGAAAUGCGACGCAUGCUCACCACGAUGGGUGAGCGUCUGGACGACAAGGAGGUGGCCAUCUUGCUGGAUAGCGCCACGGACGCGAAAGGAAAUGUAAACUAUAAGGCGCUCGUGCGUGCCAUGUACAAGAAGGAUGGCGACUUAGACAAAAAGCUGCAGCAGGCCCAGAUCUAUCUGGAUGCCCUGGGUCGCAAUGCUCUAGACCUGGACAUGCAGAGGCGCGACGACUUUAUUGAGGAGUUGCGCCACUGGGAUGCCGCCAGAACAGGGUUUAUUAACUUCAAACACUUGCUCGAGGUGCUCAAUCGCAGUGGCGAUACCUUCUCACCCCAGGAACUGCACGUCCUCACCAAAGAGAUGGUUAACCAGCAGGGCCUGGUCAAUUAUGGGCUAUUUCUGCGGACGAUUAUGAAUGAAUGAGAUAUCUCCUUUACUUAUUCAUCAUAUAGUACUUGUAUUUGAGCAUUCUGAAAUUACUGUCUCCAAAUAAUAUUGUUAGUAUAAGCUCUGAAAAUUAUAUCGACAUGAAAUUCUUGCUGAAAAAUUAAUUUCCCUAAUAAUACUUAAUACUUGUACUAAGAUAAUAAAAUAUUUCUGGUAUGCGGAA